AUGAAUAAGAUAUAUAUUCUCACUCUUAUUGCUGUGCUUAUGGUUGCAAUUACUUCUGCAACUCCUUUACCACCUCAUUGGCCAAAUGUUUUUGCUAAAGAUUUUGUUGAAAUCUCAACUAAAGGAAAUUAGACAUUAGCUGAUGUUGGUACAUAUUACUAUAACUUUGCCGAAAAUACAUAGCUUUUAACAAGAUCAAAUGGUCAAUUUGACUUUUUCUGUGGAUUUAACGAUGAACCUUUAGCUUGUGAUCAAAUAAUUGUUGAAAACAAUAGAUAUGUUUAUUUCCCUGAAUAAGAUAGCUGCUGCUAUUGCUGUGGAUAGGAUCAAGGAUGUUCAGUUCUCAAGCCUGAUUGGUUUAUAGACCCUGAAUAUCAUGGACAAUAAGAAUACUCUGGAGUCUAAGCUUAUUGGUGGGUAAUUUAUGAAUAACCUGACUAAAAAGGACCUAAUUAUUACAUUGAAACCACUGAAGAAAAUCCUAUUGACAGAAAACCUUUACAUCUAGCUAGAAAUAACUAUGAGUUAAAUUUCGUAUCUGACAGCUACAGAACUUAAUUCCCUCAAAUAACUCUUCCCACUGCUUGUAAAGCAACUAAUUUGGGUAAAUGCCCUGGUGUAUGUGCUAAAAUAAGAGGUGAUAGUGUAACAGAAUUUUGA